AAUUUAAAAUCAGAACAAGAACAAAUAAUCAACUCACCUGCCAUCUCUUCUGAGAAUCACAAGGCCAUAUUUCUUGGCCAAGAGCAAUUACAUAAAGGAGCCUUGGAGCCAUCAGCAAUUAGUCAUUAGGACUAGGAACAGAGAGCCAUGAAAAUCCCCACAAAGAAUCUCAUACUAACCCUCUUCUUCAUUCUCUCAACCGUAUGCCUCAUCAGACUCUUCAGAAUCACACUCAACAUUUUCUCCUAUUCUCAGCAUCCACCACUUCUGAACACACUGAUGCAUCAAAACACUACAUUGCCAGACCGCAUUCCACACAUGUCCCAAAGGUUUGCAAAGUAUAGGAGCUCUUCUGAAGAAGAGCCCCUCAACCACAAACAAUAUCAUCUUAUUUCAGACGUCAUUUCACACAGAGCUCCUUGCAACCUCCUCAUAUUUGGACUAAAAGCUCAACUCCUUGACAUUUCCAAGCUAAACAAAGGAGGCACCACUAUCUUCCUUGAAGAUGAUGCUCAAAAACUCAGAAACCGAACCCUGAAAACCAAUGCUGUACAAGUCUACAGUGUGGAGUACCAGGAUAAAGCAAGUGAAGCAUUUGAGCUGCUUAAGCAUGCUAGAGAACACCCUGAGUGCAAACCAAAGGCCAGAAAACUUCGUGAAUCACAAUGCAAGCUAGCACUGACUAACUUGCCAAAUGAAAUAUACAGGAGAAGAUGGGAUGUGGUGGUGAUUGAUGGACCAAGAGGAGACCAGCCAGAGGCACCAGGAAGAAUGAGAGCAAUAUACACAGCAGGUAUGCUUGCUAGAUCUGGAAAUUCAACAGAUGUUUUUGUUCAUGAUACAAACCAUAUGAUUGAGAAGUGGUAUUCAAGGGAGUUUCUUUGUCAAGAAAAUCUGGUUUCAUCCAAAGGAAACCUAUGGCAUUUUCAAGGAAAAGGUGGUUUAAGCUCGGCUAGCUUUUGCGAGGGCAAUGCUUCAGCCAUGAGUAGGAAUUCAUAAAUAAUUUUUUUCUCAACAUUUAUAUCUCGUAAAGCAUGGUUUUUUUUUUUGUGAUUUAAUGUCCAACUUCAUAUAUUAUGGCUGAUGUAUAAUUCGUAUUAGUUGUUCAAGUUACUAGCUGAGAAAAUAUGUUUAUUCAGUAGCACAACGUGGCAACUGAAAUUUAAAGGCAUUACCAAUGUCUCUUCAAAUACAAAAUUAUAACAUGCGGAGAAGUGAAUAACCUCCAAAUGAGCAGUUUUCAAGCUGGAGAAGCAUUCCUGAGUAAAAAGAGCAAAAAAAAAUGGGAACCAACCAUUUGGUUGA